UAGGGUUGCCUCCCUCUCUUUGCGUCUCGUCUCCACCGCCUCCAAACCCUCGCCGCGAUGGGCAGGAAGCCCUCGUCCGCCGCCGCCGCCGCCGCGGCCGCGGCCGUCGACGACGACGCGCUCUCCGCGAGCGCCAAGGCCGCCGAAGACCUCCUCGCCGCGUCCUACUGCGGCGGCGUGCGCGGCCACUCCCUCUUCUUCGACGCCCUCGUGCAGCUCAUCCCCCCGCGCUUCUACCUCUCCUCCGCCGCCGACGAGGACCGCCCCUGGUACGAGGGCCUCUCCAAGUCGGCCAAGGCGGCCAUGAAGGCCCAGUCCCGCGCCAACGUCAAGGCCGCCCGCCGCGCCCGCCUCGACCCCUCCGCGCCGCCCUCCUCCACCCUCGACCUUCUCAAGAAAUCGGCCGCCGCCGACCAGGAGGCAGAGGAGUCGUCUGACGGGGAAGACGGCGGCAGCGACGAUGAUGAUGAAGGCGAUGAUGAGGUUGAAGAGCAAGAGGACGAAGGAGAGGAGGAGGAGGAGGAGGAGGAGGAUAUGCAGCUCGCGCCGGCGGCCGUGGUGUCCGAGGACCGCACGGUGACCUACGAGGAGCUGCGGGAGCGGCUUCACCGCCGCAUGGCCGAGCUUCGUGGGAACCGGUGCACCAGGGCAGAGUUCCUGAACAAGCCCAAGAGGGAGAAGGGGAAGAAAGGUAAGAAGGGGAAGGAUGCGGGGAAGAAGAGGAAGCGGGAGGAUGGCGAUAAGGAAGCGGAGGGCAAGGAUGGGAAGAAGUCCAAGAAGGAGGACGAUUCGAAGACACCGGAUAUCGUCUAUGGCAAUGUGUCGGUUGAUCCUAAGGAGGCGAGGAGAAGGAAGAAGAGGAGAAUCAAGAACAAGAGGAAGGCUUUGGAGGAGGCCAAGCGGAUGCAGCAGGCAAAGGAGGAUCCUAAGAAGGCGACCAAGUUGGCGUGGGAUUUGGCCACGAGACGGUCUGCUGGGGAGAAGGUGCACGACGACCCCAAGUUGAUUAAGGAGAGCAUGAAGAAGGAUAAAAAGCGUCAGCAGAAGCACGCUGAGCAGUGGAAGGAGAGGCAGAAGAUGGUGGAUAAGCAGAAAAGGGAGAGGCAAAACAAGAGAACAGAGAACAUCCGGGAGCGGGCUCACCAGAAGAAGAUGCGCAAGAUUGAGAAGCGUGAGAAGAAGCUUAUGCGGCCCGGAUUUGAAGGGCGCAAGGAAGGAUAUGUCAACGGGUAACAUCUCCAUUGAAUGCUGUGAACUAAGGAUUAGUGUGUCAGCCAAGGUUGCAUUUUUGUUGAUGUCGGCACUCGGAAUGGUUUACCAAAUGACUACUGUAAUGUGCCUUAUUCAUAGCAUGAGACUGGAAUACUUGGCAGGUUUGUCCACAAAAGAUUUUUGGGAUAUUAUUGCACUUCAUUUUCAUUUAUGGUUGGAUUUAGUCUGCAGAGAAGAAAAA